AUACGAUAAUAUAGAUACCUACUCGUAUUUAAUAUUUAUAAUUCCACUAUUGAAUAUACUUAUUUUCAAUUUCAAUUUCGUUAACUAAUUUGGACAUAAGUUUUGUUUUAUCUUUUUAAAAUGGCCGUCAUUCAAAGAGUUGUGAAACCGAGGACAAAACGAGGUAAAAGAAUUUUGUUAAAAAAAGAACCCAAGAUUGUCGAGAACACAAAACACUGUGUAUUUAUUCCUGGCCGUAAAUCAUCUUUACAAGUUAGCAGUUGCAUGAAAGAUUUGCUGAAACUCAAAAAACCAGAUGCUGUCAUGUUAACUCAAAAAAAUGAUAUUUUACCAUUUGAUGACGCAGUGCAAAUUGAAAAAUUAUUGCAGAAACACGAUUCUUCUUUAUUUUUUUUUUCAUCACACAAUAAAAAAAGACCAAACAAUUUGGUACUUGGUCGCACUUAUGACCAACACAUAUUAGACAUGUUUGAAUUGGGUAUUGAAUCAUAUAAAGGGUGUAGUGAAUUUAAAGGUUUAUCUGAAAUCUCAGCUGGUGUAAAACCAGUUUUGGUUUUCUUGGGUGAACAAUUUGACAGUGAUCAGCAGCUUAAACGUAUACGCAAUUUAUUCAUCGAUAUGUUUCAAAGACAACCACUUAAACAAAUAAGACCAAACGGUAUUGAACAUGUUAUGUCUUUCAUAGCUGUCGAUAGUAAAAUUCUAUUACGUUCUUAUAGGACAGUUUUGUCGAAAACCAGUUUAAAAACUCCACGUGUUGAACUCCACGAAGUUGGUCCAUCUGUUGAUUUUGUUGUUAGAAGAGAUCAUAUGGCUAGUGCUGACUUAUUUAAAACUGCAUGCAAAAGACCCAAUAUUAAGGGUAAAAAAAUCAAGAGUGUACGUCGUGAUAAUUUCGGAUCUAAAUUGGGACGUCUGCAUAUGACUAAACAGGAUGUAAACACACUGCAGACAAGAAAGAUGAAAGGUUUGAAGAAAACAUAUGCAGAGAGGAAAAUGAAAAGGAAGAGUGAUGAAGAUAAAAAUGGACCAGCAGUUAAAAAACCUAAAGUUGCAAUUCAAAGUAAAAAGUUGAAGAAAUUUAGUAAAAAAGGAAGGAAAUUAAGAGGUGGACAAGUUUAACAAUUUUUUUGUGAUUUAAUUAUAAUAAUAAAUUUUUAAAAAAAAA